AUGAAAGGGAUAUCCGAAUGCAUCUUGACUGACGUAUUCAGCGCGUUCAACGGUGAGAGCGGUGAAUGGUUCCCACUACGCGAAGACGGUACUUUCGACUUGGUCGACAUUGAUCCUGCAAUAACUUACAAGGCAGUGGAGAAGCUCCUUUUGACAGGCAAAGUUCGCGCAAUUGGCGUCUCCAACUUCACCGUCAACGCUUUGACCGAUCUGCUCUCGAAAACCAGCAUUGUCCCUGUUGUUAACCAGAUUGAAGCGUACUCGCCGCUGGGUAACAACCAGACUGGUGAGCCACGCACCGUGGAUGACAAGAUGGUAGAUGUCAUUAGCCGGCGGUUGAACAUGGACCGUGGACAGGUGCUCGCAAGCUGGGGCAUUCAGCACGGAACAGUCGUGCUACCUAAGAGUGUGACGCCAAGUAGGAUCAAGAGCAAUCUGCGAGUCAAAGAGCUUUCUACUGAUGCGUUCCAAGAGUUGAACACGUUGGAGAGACACAAGCGUUUCAAUCAGCAGUCGCGGUGGGGAUACGACAUGUUCGAAGAGCUGGGAGAGGACAAAGUAAGCAAGAUUGCUCGAGACUUUGCUCAAGAGAAUAAGGAGAAGGUCACGAUAUACCCGCAGCUUGCCACGCUGGGCUUCAACUGCGACAGCGACAAGACCCUGUGUAUAGGCCUCAAGCACGCUGGUCGCUUCCAAUGCAUCGAAUUUGGCAACAUGUAG